AUGGAGGCUUACACUAGGACUUCACUUCCGGCAUACAAUCUUAAUGUGUCAUCUCCCGAGGGAGAUGACAAUAACCGGGGAUCAGAUGCUGUGAUUUUGUCUCUAUCAGACGUGGCGGCAUUGGUACAAACCUUAGAAGUUAUACUGCCGCGAUUUCAAGAUAAUCCUUUGAAUGUGAGUCCUGAAUUGGUACAGAAGGAUUUUGAAUAUUAUAUUUCCAAGGGAAUAUCAGAAGUUGGAACGGUGAAUAUUAUUCCGCCUGUGACCACAUGCUGUGGUCAAUUAAAGAAGGUUGGACAAAAAGUUUGCAAUGUAUUUCGAUCCAGAUUUAAACCAGCGGUUGCAGUUAUGUACGAAUUGAAAUGCAGCAAAUGCAACACUGUGUAUAAAUGCAGUACCUACAAGAAGAAAAGUAUUGAGCUUUACUACUCUGAUGUUUUAGAGCAAGAAUAUUUUGCGUCCACAUGCGACUCGGUAUUUUCCAUGGAAUUACUAAGGAAGGUUGAUAUUGACUUAUACAGGAAAUCAGCUUCAUUUGAAGGAAUUGCCUAUGCCUAUAACGACGAACACUUGGGAGAUAAAGGGAAAUUAUGGGAUGCAACAAAAUAUCGAGUAUAUUUCAUCCGGCAAACUGGAAGACGUGCUUGA